AUGGACGAAAAGGACUCAUUGAAAGCUCUUGAUAUGAUACCCGAAAUUUUCUUAGAGCCGUCUGUGGAGAGCCAUCUGCACAUCGUUGUUCAAAUUUUAGCCACCGCUGCGCCGAAUGUCUCGCCUAUCUACCAACGAACUGAGUAUAUUUCAAAACAUGUACCUGAAGCCCCUUCGUCUGGCGGAAAGCCAUCUGUAUUCCCGGCUAAACAGUGCAAAACCGAAUACCUUUGCAAUCAUCCUUCCGAAGCUGCCAGCCCUAUUCCCGUUACGCUUCUGGAGCAUAUUCUGCGCAGUUCAUGGAUGAUUUAUCAAAACUACGAAGCAAACUGCCAGCAAAGGGCACACUCCCGCACUUAUCGCCUUCGAGAAAUCAGCUGGUGA